UUGCAGUUGUUGAAGAAUCACGGAAAAACAAAGUCUACUGGUAGUAUCAGAAGAAGUUCCCUGAGUCCCGUCACUGCCGGAGCGCUGUUGCCGCAUCCUCAUCGGAGCACGCUUUCGUCAUUAUCGAAUCAGCUCUCGCAAACCCUAGCGCCGUGCCUCUUGUCUUCUACAUUUCCGCACUUCAACUCAGUUAUUUGGUAUCUAACUAUCAGUUCAAACAGCGUGAGCUGAAAAACAAUGGCAAAUGCACCUGCUCAAAUUCCUACUAGCUUUGGACAUGAAUUGAGGGCUUGUCUUCGUUGCCGCCUUGUCAAAACCUACGAUCAGUUUAGAGAGUCAGGCUGUGAGAACUGCCCAUUUUUACAGAUGGAUGAAGAUCAAGAGCGUGUUGUUGAAUGCACUACCCCCAAUUUUAAUGGAGUCAUUUCAGUAAUGGAUCCAACUCGAAGUUGGGCUGCCCGUUGGUUGCGCAUCGGAAAAUUCGUUCCUGGGGUUUACACUCUUGCUGUCUCAGAGACUCUUCCAGAUGAUAUGCAGGCUAUUUGUAUUGAUAAGAAUGUGCAAUACAUACCUCCCAAACGUUAGUGAAACAAGUAAAUAUUGGCUUUGUGACAUCUCUUAACAUGGUUGGAACCGAGUAUGUAUUGAUGUGGAUUUUAUUGCUAGUUUUGUACGAAUGCAUUCUUGAAAUGCCUUGUUAAACUUCUCUAAAUAAAAAUCAAUUAGUGUCUGCAUGAGAAGAGUUCAUGAAACUAACAUAAUCUAGGAUUAUUUUUGACUGAUAUGUUAUUGGCCAAAGGCAAAGCAAUGCGCAUUACCAAAUUGCAUCCUUUUGGUCAUGUUGAAAUUUUUAACUUUUGGUCAUACAUGGACAGCAAGCACCAACUAUUUUUCUUAAUUAGUUAGUAGUAGUACAAUACUAGCUUUGAGGUUUGAACUCAUAAUCAUAAUGGUUCUUUUGUAUUAGUGUCAA